AUGAAGCCGAGUGCGGCCGGGACGGCGAGGGAGCUGGAGCCGCAGGCGCCGGCCCGGGGCGAGCAGCGCGCGGGGGAGCCCGAGGGGCGCUGGCGGGAGAAGGGCGAGGCGGACACGGAGCGGCAGCGCACCCGGGAGCGGCAGGAGGCCACGCUGGCCGGGCUGGCGGAGCUGGAGUACCUGCGCCAGCGCCAAGAGCUGCUGGUUCGGGGCGCCCUGCGUGGCGCCGGGGGCUCGGGAGUCGCUGCGCCCCGCGCUGGGGAGCUGCCGGCGGAGGCGGCGCAACGCAGCCGCCUGGAGGAGAAGUUCUUGGAGGAGAAUAUCUUGCUGCUGCGGAAGCAAUUGAAUUGUUUGAGGAGAAGAGAUGCUGGUUUGUUGAAUCAGUUGCAAGAACUUGACAAGCAGAUAAGUGACCUGAGACUAGAUGUAGAAAAGACAUCUGAAGAGCACCUGGAGACAGACAGUCGGCCCAGCUCAGGGUUUUAUGAGCUGAGUGAUGGGGCUUCAGGAUCCCUUUCCAAUUCCUCUAACUCGGUCUUCAGUGAGUGUUUAUCCAGUUGUCAUUCCAGUACCUGCUUUUGCAGCCCCUUGGAGGCAACCUUGACGAUCUCCGAUGGUUGCCCCAAAUAUGCAGAUCUCAUAGGAUGGUUGGAAUAUAAAGAAGGCCACUGUGAAGACCAGGCCUCGGGGGCAGUUUGCCAUUCCCAAUCCACAUCACAAUUUAAUUCCCUUGGUAUCAUUGCAGAUGUGAAUCCCAAGUACCAGUGUGAUCUGGUGUCUAAAAACGGGAAUGAUGUGUAUCGCUAUCCCAGUCCUCUUCAUGCCGUGGCGGUGCAGAGCCCAAUGUUUCUCCUUUGCCUGACGGGCAACCCUCUGAGGGAAGAGGAGAGGCUUGGUAACCAUGCCAGUGACAUUUGUGUGGGAUCUGAGCUGGACGCCAUCAAGACAGACACUUCCUUACCAGCUCCAAGCAGUUUGUGGUCUGCUCCCCAUCCAUCAUCCAGUAAGAAAAUGGAUGGCUACAUUCUGAGCCUGGUCCAGAAAAAAACACACCCUGUAAGGACCAACAAACCAAGAACCAGUGUGAAUGCUGACCCCACAAAAGGGCUUCUGAGGAAUGGGAGCGUCUGUGUCAGAGUGACUGGGGGUGUCUCACAGGGCAACAGCGGGAACCUUAAGAAUUCUAAACAGGUGCUUUUGCCCUCUGGCGGAAUCCCCUCUUUGGACAAUGGGACAUUCUCCCCACUGAAGCCGUGGUCAAAAGAAUCAAAGGCAGAACAAGUGGAAAGCAAGAGGUUGUCCCCGCCGGAGGGCUGCUCGCCAGGCGCUGCCACUGAACUUCCAAGUAAGCAUCUGCCCAAAAAUGCCAAGGCCGCCUCCCAGGAACACGCUCGGUGUCCCACCGCUGUGACAGGGGAGUCCCCCAAAGACGGCAUUCAGGUCCUAGCCGCCUCCCCAAAGGAGAGCCCCGGGAGGGGCCCCGCGCCGCCGCAGGAGAACAAAGUCGUCCAGCCACUGAAAAAGCUGUCCCCGAAAGGCGGCCUGCCGCCUGCCCCUCCAGCAGCGCCCCUUCCUGGCCCGGCUGCGCUGCUGUCUUCCGCUUUCGCCGUGGAAGAGCGGCCGGCGCUGGAUUUCAAGAGCGAGGGCUCCUCUUCUCAGAGCCUGGAGGAAGGGCCCCCGGCGAAGGCGCCGUCGGUCCCGGGCCCGCAGGCCGCGGGCGGCCGCCCCCACCGCGGCGCCCGGACCGCGGCCGCCCUGCGGGGCUCGGCCCCGAAGCACCGGGGCGCCCUGGCCCUCCACGGGCCCGACAGCGCGCUGCCCCCCGUGAGGGAGAAGAACCGCGCCGCCGGCAAGAAGUGCCGGUUCCCCGACGACGCGGAUACAAAUAAGAAACUCAGGAAGGCCUCGUCCCGGGGGAGGAAGGGCGGGGGCGGCCAGGCGGACGCCGGUCUCCCCAGCCGGCCGCCGGGUGCCGGCCACAGGGCCGGGGGCAGGGCGCACGGCCACGGCCGGGAGGCGCUGGUGGCCAAGCCCAAGCACAAGCGAACCGACUCGCGGCGCUGGCGCUCGGCCGCCGAGGUCUCCCUGGAAGAGGCCCUGCGGAGGUCGCGGCGCGGCCGGCGCGAGCACGUGGGGCUGUACCCCGCCGCCGUGCCGCUGCCCUACGCCAGCCCCUACGCGUACGUGGCCAGCGACUCGGAGUACUCGGCCGAGUGCGAGUCGCUCUUCCACUCCACCGUGCUGGACACCAGCGAGGACGAGCGCAGCAACUACACAACCAACUGCUUCGGGGACAGCGAGUCCAGCGUGAGCGAGGGGGAGUUUGCGGGCGACAGCACGAGCUCCAGUGACUCCGAAGAAAGCGGGGGCUUGAUCUGGUCCCAGUUUGUCCAGACCCUCCCCAUCCAGGCGGUCACAGCCCCAGACCUCCACAGCAACCCCACGAAAACCUUUGUCAAGAUUAAGGCUUCGCAUAACCUCAAGAAGAAAAUCCUCCGCUUCCGGUCCGGCUCGCUGAAACUCAUGACGACCGUCUGAGGAACACCACUGGUGGGGAGGGUGGG